AUGUCAAGGUUUGAUAAAAUGGAAGACAACACUGAGCAACACAAGAAUAACAUUAUAUAUGAACUAGUUGAUGAUGACGGUAAUGAUGGUGAGUAUAAUAUUCAUAAUGAAGAUGAUAUCGUCAAUUCUAAUAAUAUUCCAACUGAAAGAGAUAUUAAGCGUCUAGAUGAAUUAACUGAAAAUGAUGUGUUUGAAAUGACAUUUGAUUCAGAAGAAAACGGAGAAAGAUUUUAUAAUUCGUAUGCUAAGGUGAAAGGUUUUAGUAUUCGAAGGGAUCAAUUGUAUAAGGACAAGAAUAAUAUGGUUAUAUCAAGGAGUUGGGUAUGUUCAAAAGAAGGAUAUAGACAAUCCAAAUACCUUGAGGUUGAAGAACGUAAAAGAGAACCAAAACAAUUAACUAGAGUUGGUUGUCGUGCUUGUUUUCGUAUCAAAUACAAUCGGAGUACUUCCAAAUAUGAAGUGAAUGAAUUUUUCAAGGAGCACAAUCAUUCCAUGAUAGGGCCUCUUGGUGUUCAAUUUCUUCGCUCACACCGGAAUGUUACGAGUGCCGACAAGGCACAAGGCAAUGCAAUGCAUCAUGUUGGUAUGAGGACAAGUCACAUUAUGGACUUUGCUGCACAACAAGCAGGUGGUUAUGAGAAUGUUGGGUUCAUACAGAAGGACAUGUACAACCAUUUUGGGACUGAGCGUAGAGUGCAAGUUGUCGAUGGUGACACAAAAGGUGCUUUGGCUUACUUUUGUGGUAAAGAAGAGCAAGAUCCAAUGUUUUAUUAUAAAUAUGAUGUAGAUGAAGAAAAUCGAUUAAAUAAUUUGUUUUGGACUGAUGGUGGAUCUCGAACAGAUUAUCUGUAUUUUGGUGAUGUGUUGAUGUUUGAUACUACGUAUCGGACAAAUGCGUACAACAAACCUUUUGUGAUACUACAAGCUUUCGAGACAGUAGAGACAUACAUAUGGGUGUUAGAGAAAUUUCUUGAUGCGAUGGAUCACAAGAUGCCUCUGUCCGUAAUCACUGACGGGGAUAAGGCCAUGUGUAGAGCAAUCAAAACAGUUAUGCCUACUGCUCGACAUCGAUUAUGUAAAUGGCAUUUUAAAAUGAAUGCUCUUUCCAAUAUCCACAUAGAGGGAUUUCUUCAUAGCUUUGAAAAAUGCAUGUCAAUGCAAUGUACACAAGAAAUGUUUGAAUUAGAGUGGAAGAACCUUGUAGACAAGUAUGGCCUUCAUAAUAACAAGUGGAUUGCAGAUGUAUAUUGCAAGCGUACUUUAUGGGCUGAAGGAUACCUCCAUGGACAUUUCUUUGCUGGUGCAAAAAGCACGCAACGUUGUGAGAGUAUGAAUGCAUUUUUGAAUCGAUUCCUAAAGGUGCGCCUAAGGCUCUUUGAAUUUGUAAGGGCAUAUGAUAGAGCACUUGCAAGACUUCGCCAUAACGAAGCUAAGGCACAAUCCGAAACUGAGAAUACCACUCCUAUUCUUUCUACAGGAAAUGGAACAAAAGGAAAAACCAAUGUUGAAGGGACAUGUUUACAUUUUGGUGUUGGUGAUCCUCCCUUUACAAAGACGAAGGGAAAUCGUUCUGUUGCAAAUGAUAAGUUUUCAAAGUCAAGAAAAUGUGGUCAUUGCAGAAACAAAGUAGUCAACGAGUUUUACAUAUUAAACGGUUCAGAUUAUCGAAACAGAACUUAUAAUGGACCCUCAUGGGCCCAAUAA